AUGCCAAUGGCUAAGCCUGAGAAGAAUCCCACCAGGGCUAUCGGAGUGGCGGUAGCGGACGUGGAAGUUGGUGACGUUGUGGCUGAUGCGGAUGCGGAUGCGGAUGAGCUCGAGCUGGUGGUUUUGGGGGAAGAGAUUGAAGAGGAGGAAGUAGCUGUGGUCGAAGAGGUCGAUGCUGUGAUUGAGGAUGUGGCGAGAAUACACUGGUCGCUUUGGCAGCUGUAG